GACUCCCCGAGCCCCGCCCCGCCCCGCCCCCCGGGGUCCCAGCGAGGGCCCCGGCAGAGGCAGAGGCGGCGCCUGCGCCUUGCCGCCCAAGAACCACCAGUGGUUCUCAACUCCGCUCUGAAGAUGGCCGACCACGCUUUUGCGGGUAUCAGUGGCAACACAUCUUUGAGGAGUCUACGCGAACGCUUGGCUGCCAUGGCUCAAGAGCUAGCCGAAGAACGGCGACGUAAACGUGGUAUUAAUUCUUCUGCAGUUACUACUAAGAGAUCGUCAUGUACACCUGUUUUAGAUGGUUCUGUCCUUAAAAAUGAUAUCAAACAGCAAUUAGCCAAAGAACGCAGAGAAGAGAGGAAACGUCAGCAAGAGGCCAACAAGGAGAAACAACUGCUUGAGAAAGAACAAAAGGCUAAGGUACAGUAUGAAAAACAAUUGGAAGAAAGACACCGCAAACUGAGAGAACAGAAGGAAAAGGACGAACGCCGCCGAGUAUCUGCAGAAGAAAAAAGAAAACAGAAGCAGGCGGAAGACAAAGAAAAAUUCAAGGCUGUUGUGUCUCGUACAAUGGAGCGAUGCAAUCGUGUUGACCAACGACAGAAAAGGUGGUCGUGGGAGGGCGGUGCGACCAACAUUGAAAAAUCUGGAAAAACAGAGAAUAAACGAAGUUCCUCUCUGAAUAGAAAAGACAACCAAUUACAUCCCAAUGUUGCUAUGGAACACAUGGACAACACGCCUGGAAUGACCAAAUACGUUUUCCGCUAUGUGACUGUACCAAUGUUUACCAGUGAUGAGCUAAAGUCUUCCACAAUGUUCUGUAAAUCAUCAGUGAAAAUGCCAGUUCCAGCAAAAUUAGAAAUAACACCCACAAAGAAAGUAGAAACACCUCUCAAGGAAGAUGUGGAAAGACUAGCAAAGGUGAAUGCAGAAACUCUACCCAAGAUGAACAUGAAAGUACCCUCUCAGGCAAACUUGGAAGGACCAUCUAAGGCUAAUUUGGAAAUAGCAUUCCAGAACAUGGAGGACAUCUCUGAAGUUAAGCUGGACGUUUCCCCCAAGGUGAAUAACGAAGUACUCACCGAUGUGAACUCAACAAGGCACCCAGAAUCAAAUGGUGAAGAAUUACCCACAGUGGAUGUGGAUGCUUCCUCAAGUGUUGAACCAUCCCCCGUCGUGAGUGAGGAUUCAUCCCCUGUCCUGAGUACGGGAUCAUCCUCCUUUGUGAGUGUGGAAAUAUCUCCAGUUGUCAGCAUGGAUGCCUCACCUGAGGCAAGCGUAGAUACCUCACCAGAAUUAAGUACGGACUCAGUAAGUGCUGUGGCCUCAGAAGGAAAUCUAGAAACAUCUCCUAAGAACAGCGGGGAAUUAAACCUUGAGACAAGUAUGGAAGCACGGCCUAGGAUGAAUGUUGAAGCAUCACCACCCAAGAACCCAGAAGUUGGCAAAAGAAACAUAAACCUUACCACCAAGAAACAACUACCAUCCCAUAUACCAUGUUACAGAUGGCCAUCAUCCCCUGCACUUGGGUGGCGCCCACCUUCUCCCAUGAAGGCUGUCAGGCAGAAUCAAAAGAUCCGACCUCCAUCUCCUCUACCAGUCUCAUCAAGACUAUCAGCGAAGACUUCUCUAUUGUAUAAAGUAACCCCAGUUCAGAAUAUCCUGUAUGUGCCAAAUGCAUUAAGUAUGAUAACAAAGAAAAAAGAAAUCGUCCAAAAGUGUAUGAUCAACACAGAAUUUGGCAAUAGAAGUAUGCCAAGCAGUGAAUCGGCCAUGAAUGUUUCCGUAGAGAUGCACCAUGCUGCUUUUGAACAACAAGGCAACAAGGAGAGUGGAGGAGUGAAAGAGACAAAGCAAAGUGUUGCUAAAAAAUCGCAAGGUCUGGCAGAGAGAGCGGAUGAAGUUCCAGCAGAAUUUUCACCUCGCAAAGAUGAGCAGCAAGCAAAAGAUCUGGCAAUGAGACAUUUCGAGCCACCGGAAGAGCAGAAAGGACAGCUACAGAAAGGGAACAACACCAUGAUGAAAUCUCAAGACAUUGCUGAAACAAGAAAGAAGGAACAGGAAAAGAUUAUGCUACAAAAUUUGCAAGAAAGAUUAGAAAGGAAAAAGAGGGUUGAAGAAAUAAUGAAGCGGACAAGGAAGACAGAUGUGAAUGCCUCAAAGGCUUCAGAAAUAUCUGGUAAUUGCCUGUCCGAAGAGGAUGAAGCUGAUGAUGAAGGCGAAACAGAAAGUGAUGAGGACUCCCUUGAGAUGUUCCCACCAGGAAUGAAAACAUUAACCAAGCACAAAAAGUACCACAAAAAUGCCAAAAGAAGGCCCCAAAAGCUAGUGUUUUUGCAAGCGGGAUCGGGUAAGGUUGAUAUGGAGAAGAAAAUACAUUUUAAUGGGAACACGAAAGCUGCCAAACAAAACGACCCAAAGGACUCUACGACUCAAGCAAGGGGCAUUAAGAUGCCUACCAAAAAACCACCUACCCGAACAGUGAGAACCAGAAAAACAAGGGAAGCCAAUCCCACCAUCCGAUCUGCUCUAAGUGUCACCACCAAUCAGGAGUGGGUUUGUGACAAAAUUAUAGACUUUAGUCACAUGACCGAAUCACCUGUCACAAAGACCACUGCUGGUAGCAGCAAACACAAUUCAAAGGAUUCUAUGACAGCUCACCAAGCUCCUCAGGCACCUUUGGACAGUAAGAAGAGAGGCAAAUCUGUUUCUGCUCCUUUGACGAAGGUUUUGUCGCACCUUAACCUAGCUGGAGGAACAACUGAUCUCGAAAAUUCCUUUUCCUAUGGCUAUUCCAGGAUGGCAUUUGGAGGAGAGGAAGAAGACAGUGAUAUAUAAACCCCAUGGAGCCUAGGGGAUUGAUCAUCUUCCGCAUUAAAACUCCCAAGGCCAAGACUCAAAAUUGUCUUCUCCAUACUUGAAACUGGCAAAGGAAUAUACCAUCAAAAAACAGGAAAACAAAAAAUCCCAUGCAAUGGUCACCUUGUUCUCUAGUAAGAGUUUUAAGUAAAGAGAUUUCUGUUUUCCUUGACAAAACUCUCUAUUGUCUCUUUCUUGGGCUUUCUAUCAAUGGGUGUAUGUCAAGGGAUUCCUCAAGGAUGUUUUCGUUAAAUAAUCAAUUUCAGUCCCUCAAAAAAUCCUAUUAAAGGAGUGUCUCUAUUCCAGGAUCUCUUUGAAACCCUAACAGAGUUGAUUCUGGUUAAUGGUGCCACUACUCCAACAACUAGAAACAUAGUCUGCUCUCACAGAGCAUACCAGACCGUGUGAGGAACUCAGAGUGUUCACUACAGUUCUGUCCCAGUGUGCCUAAUAGACAGCAAAGGUUGCGGAGCAGCACAGCAUUAUUGCCUAUACAUAGGUACACUUUUUUUUUCCAGAGCUGAGGACUGAACCCAGGGCCUGCGCUUGCUAGGCAAGCGCUCUACCACUGAGCUAAAUCCCCAAGCCCUCAUAUGUACACUUUUUAAACAGCUCUCAUCCCUGUCCAGUGCUGGUACCUCCAAAUGCCAGAACCAGAAAAUCUUGUUUGGAACCAUGCUCUCUCUCAUCAGUGUUUCAUCUUGAAGUACCUAGCAGGAUUUAUGCACAAAACGAGCUCUAUUUUGUUGCGACAGUACUUGGCUGUUGUCUCACAGAGUACGAUUAAUUCCUUCAAAUAGUGUGUACUUAGAGCCUUUUCUGACUUGCUUCCCAGGCCUGUCCUUCAGUAUACACUCAGGCUUGGGACAUAGAAACAAAGCAUGCUUGCCUUUUGUGGGCGCUUGCAACAAGUGAAGACAAGAGCAGUGCUAUUCUUCCGUUCUGGUGCCAGGCACAUGGACAUACACAUGUGUGCAUUUGCACAUGUGCACACAAAGGUGAUGUGAGUCCAUAAAAGUAGCAAACACAUUCCUUGUCCUAACACCACCAAGCUUCAGUGUUGAGUCACAAAUGGUUUAAAAUAGGCCAGUGUUCCUUUGGCCACCAAUCCUGGAUUCCCAAAAGGAGGUAAUUUUAUGUUCUGAUUCUUGGUCCUUUGCUACCUUUGUUAUGUAUUAGGGCAGGGGCCUUAGCUUUAAAAUCUAUUUUUAGAUACUGCUUCUUACAUGUAGACAGCAAAAGGCAAUCAUCCUAAAAGAUGACCUUCUGAUGUUUUUCUCUACAAAUGUCAUGUGCCGAAAUACUUUCUGUAAGUAUGUGCCAUAUGAAAUAAAUGUCUCAGAUAAAACAAGCUUUGU